GCUCUCUGAGAGGCUGGGACCAAGGACCAGCUCCCAGGCCAGCAGGGUAUAGCUUGUCUCAAAGCAUCUGCCCAACCUUCAAGUUGAUUUGUAUUUUUGCAGCCCAGCAAUCAAGAAUCCCCAGGGAGACACUUAAAGGAAAUUAAACUGCAGAGUGCAAGAGAUGCUUCAGUCAAGUCAGCCAGGAACGCGUGGGUCAUCCCUGAGCCCCAGAGCGUGACAGAGCCCGGAUGACACGGACACGGUGGCUGCUGUCACUUCCGCGGUGCGUGCCUUUGACAGGCUUUGAAUUGAAGGCAAGUGCUUCAGAAUUUGCAUCCAUCGUUCUGUCUUUCCUGGGAAGUUAUUCAUCCUGGUGGGCAGCCCACCGACAGAAUGGAUUUAGAUCUACUGGACCUGAAUCCCAGAAUUAUUGCUGCAAUUAAGAAAGCCAAACUGAAAUCAGUAAAGGAGGUUUUACACUUUUCUGGACCGGACUUGAAGAGACUGACCAACCUCUCCAGCCCCGAGGUCUGGCACUUGCUGAGAACGGCCUCCUUACACCUGCGGGGAAGCAGCAUCCUUACAGCGCUGCACCUGCACCAGCAGAAGGAGCGGUUCCCGGCCCAGCACCAGCGCCUGAGCCUCGGCUGCCCGGUGCUGGACUCGCUCCUCCGCGGUGGCCUGCCUCUGGACGGCAUCACCGAGCUGGCCGGACGCAGCUCGGUGGGGAAGACCCAGCUGGCGCUGCAGCUCUGCCUGGCUGUGCAGUUUCCGCGGCAGCACGGAGGCCUGGAGGCUGGUGAGUGGCCAUGCCUUCCAUGGGGUCUGGGCAGGUGGGCGGCCCCUGCUGUGUUUGGGACAGCUUUCCGUUGAGGUGGGGGAGUGGCCGCCUCUUGCACCAUUCCUACCAUUGUGUCUCCCUCCUCCUUCUGGUCCUGACUGCCCUCGCUCCUUCCAGAACAGGGAGGGGAAGUGAGGCUGGGCUCAGCUGACAGCAGGAGGGGUGGGAGGGUACAAACCCCACCACCAGGCAGCCUGCCCUGCAUCCUGCCCUCAGCAGAGCUAGGCCAGGGGUCGCUGGCUGAGCACAGCGAUGCCGGCCCAGGUUCCACACAGCUGC